GCGCGGGGCUCGCGCAGCGGGGCAGGAGCUGAGCGGUGCAGGGAGCUGAGCGGUGCAGAGCCGUGCAGAAGCGAGCGAAGCAGGGCAGAGUCGUGCAAGGAGCGGAGCUGAGCGGUGCAGAGCCGUGCAGGGAGCUCAGCCGCGCACAGUUGAGGCGAGCGGUGAGCGUUGCAAAGUCGAACCGUGCCCCGAGCGGAGCUGAGCAGUGCAGAGCCCGGCCCGGGGCCGAGCUGAGCGGUGCACCGAGCAGAUCGGAGCCGAGUUGAGGCGCGCAGAGCGGAGCAGAGCCCGGGGCUCUGCUGCUAAGAGAAGCGAGGCGUGCGUGCCAGACGGCGUGGCCGGAGCCGAGGGCUUGCGCGCUGAGCGAGACGAUGCCCGUGGCAGCUGGGUAGCUGCGGGACUGAGCCACUUGUGCGGGGGCCCGGCCGGCCGCAGGAAGAGGUCGAGGACCGGCGCUCGCCCACCACCGUUUGCUGCAGCUCCUACUGGGAACGACCCUGCCUGGAUGGGUGGGGACCCCUUCCUUGCCCGGGGCAGUGGGCUAGUCGAGCGGCGGGGCCACUGAAGCAGCCUCGGGAGGAAGAAGCAGCGGAGGAAAAGGAGGAGGAGGGUGCGGAUCCCGCCCCCGCUUCCAGCCUCGCUUGCUAGCUCGGACUCCCGGCACUCCGGCCCGGCCACAGAACUUGCGUCAGGAGGCGAUGCUGGGCGCCUAGCGCCGAAGGACCGAGCCGCGGACUCCCCAGCCUCCCUUCGGUUCACCCCAGACCUGUGCCUGCGCUUCCCCGCGAGUCCCCCGAAGUUCCCACCGGCCGCCCUCACCCCGCCGGGCCGGACCGGACCGCGCCGAAGCCAAGAUGGCGGGGCGCAGUUGGGGAGGCCCCGGGGCCCCGCGGUGGCCGCUCCCCCGCCUGCUACUGGCCCUCGUCUUGCGGCUGCUGCUGGCCGCGGCCGCCCCGGGGCCCGAUGCGCCCUGCCCCUCCAAUUGCACUUGCACCGGGGCCCUGCUGGACUGCAGCGGGCUGGGGCUGGCCGCGCUGCCUGAGGAGCUCCCUGCCUGGACCGUCACAUUGAACCUGAGCAACAACAAGCUGACAGAGAUCAAUCCUGCUGCUUUUGAGAACUUGGUGAAGCUACAGGAAGUGCACCUAAAUAAUAAUGAGUUGACUGUCAUCCCUUCCCUGGGUACUGCUUCCUCCCACAUCUUGUCUCUCCAUCUGCAGCACAAUAAGAUCCGCAGUGUGGAAGGGAGCCAGCUGAAACCUUACGUUUCCUUGCAAACCCUGGACCUGAGUUCCAAUAACAUCACUGAAGUACGAAACACUUGUUUUCCUCAUGGCCUGCACAUAAAGGAACUCCACCUGGGGAGCAACCGCAUCAGUACCCUGGAGCCGGGAGCAUUUGAUAGCCUCUCACGGUCCCUGCUAACCCUCCGCCUGAGCAAAAACAGGAUCACCCAGCUUCCUGCCAAAGCGUUCAAGCUGCCCCGCCUAACACAACUGGAGCUGAACCGGAAUCGAAUCCGCCUGAUCGAGGGGCUGACAUUUCAAGGGCUCGAUAAUUUGGAUGUGUUGAAGCUGCAACGUAAUAAUAUUAGCCAGCUGACGGAUGGGGCUUUCUGGGGUCUGUCCAAGAUGCAAGUAUUGCACCUGGAGUACAACAGCCUAACAGAAGUCAACAGUGGCUCGCUCUACGGCCUCACUGCCCUGCACCAGCUUCACCUGAGCAACAACUCCAUCUCUCGGAUUAACCGGGAUGGCUGGCGCUUCUGCCAGAAGUUACAUGAACUGAUUCUGUCCUUCAACAACCUCACCCGGCUUGAUGAGGAGAUACUGGGUGACCUGAGCAGCCUACAGACCUUGCGUCUUAACCACAAUUCUAUCAACCACAUUGCGGAAGGCGCCUUCAAGGGACUCAAAAACCUGCGCUUCUUGGAUCUGAACCAUAACGAGAUUUCGGGCACAAUAGAAGACACCAGUGGAGCAUUUACGGGACUAGACAGCCUGAACAAGCUGACUCUGUUUGGAAACAAGAUCAAAUCCGUGGCCAAGAGAGCAUUCUCAGGACUGGAGGGCCUGGAGCACCUGAACCUUGGAGAAAAUGCAAUAAGAUCCAUCCAGUUUGAUGCUUUUGCUAAGAUGAAGAAUCUUAAAGAGCUCCACAUCAACAGCGACAGUUUCCUGUGUGACUGUCACCUGAAGUGGGUGCCGCAGUGGUUAACGGGGAGAGGUCUCCAAACCACCGUUGUGGCCACCUGUGCUCACCCAGAGCCCCUGAAGGGCCAGAGCAUUUUUUCUGUGCUGCCGGAGAGUUUUGUGUGUGAUGAUUUUCCAAAGCCCCAGAUCAUCACCCAGCCGGAGACAACCAUGGCGGUGGCAGGCAAGGACAUCCGCUUCACGUGCUCGGCUGCAAGCAGCAGCAGCUCGCCAAUGACUUUUGCCUGGAAGAAGGACAACGAGGUCCUCCCCAAUGCUGACAUCGAGAACUUUGCCCAUGUCCGGGCGCAGGGCGGGGAGGUCAUGGAGUACACCACCAUCCUGCAUCUCCGCCAGGUCACCUUCCACCAUGAAGGACGGUACCAGUGUGUGAUUACCAACCACUUUGGCUCCACCUAUUCUCACAAGGCCCGGCUUACAGUGAAUGUGUUGCCUUCGUUCACUAAGAUGCCUCAUGACAUUGCCAUCCGGACGGGCACCACCGCGCGCCUGGAAUGUGCUGCCAGCGGACACCCCAACCCCCAGAUCGCCUGGCAGAAGGAUGGCGGCACCGACUUCCCAGCUGCCCGGGAGCGUCGCAUGCUUGUCAUGCCGGACGAUGUUGUCUUUUUCAUCACUGAUGUGAAGAUCGAUGACAUGGGAGUUUAUAGCUGCACGGCCCAGAAUUCAGCCGGCUCUGUGUCAGCCAAUGCCACCCUCACGGUCUUAGAAACUCCAUCCCUAGUGAUUCCCUUAGAAGACCGUGUGGCAGCUGUUGGAGAAACGGUGGCUCUUCAGUGCAAAGCGCGUGGAAGCCCCUCGCCCCGAAUCACGUGGCUGAAGGGUAAGCAGCCUGUGAACAUCACUGAACGCCAUCACUUCACUCCUGGAAACCAGCUGCUGAUCAUCCAGAGCGUGGUGCCGGAGGAUGCCGACAGGUACACAUGUGAGAUGUCCAACCCCUUGGGGACAGAACGAGCCCACAGCCAGGUGAGCAUCUUGCCUACGCCGGGCUGCCGGAAAGAUGGGACCACCGUGGGCAUCUUUACCAUCGCAGUGGUGUGCAGCAUCGUGCUCACUUCGCUCGUCUGGGUCUGCAUCAUCUACCAAACCAGGAAGAAGAGUGAGGAGUACAGCGUAACCAACACAGAUGAAACCAUUGUACCACCGGACGUCCCAAGUUACCUGUCUUCUCAGGGGACGCUUUCAGACAGACAAGAAGCUGUGGUCAGGACCGAGGGGGGCCAUCAGGCCAAUGGACACAUAGAAAGUAAUGGUGUUUGUCAGAGAGAUGCAGGACUGAAUCCAGAUGUUGACAUUCAUGGGCCUGCUUAUAGGCAGCCAAAACUAUGUAUUGGACAUAAUAAUAAAGACGUAUGGAAAGCAGCUGAUGGAGUAUUUAGUCCAGAUAAAACAGAAUAUGGCACGCCAGCUUUAUGCAGUGACUUCAGUGAUGGUGCCACCAGUUAUUCCAAGGAUAAAGACUCCUAUCCUCUGCAUAAUACACACCCAAGUCCAAAGGGUAGCCAAGAGUCCAGUAAGAGUGAACAGGAACAUCCCCUGCUGCCUCGGGCAGUCUUGCCCCAGAACAACGGUGCUCUUGCUGGCUCACACCCAGAGGGCAGUGGGAACUCUCUCUACCCCAGUAAUCACGAUAGAAUGCCAGUAUCUGGUGUCCAAAAGCCAUCACCUCUUGACCACAACGGAGGCUCUUUAAACGAUUUAGGAAAAUCCUCCGAGUCUGAGUCUGUUGUCUUGCACCCCUUGUCUUUGGGGACGAGAGGGGUGGCACUCGCGGGAGCUUCCAGUGCCGCCUCCAGCUUCCCAGAACUUACUGGCAACGAGGCCCAGGCCAAGCCUUCUCUUCCCAAUGGACACUUGCCCAAGCCCUGUGACUCCAGUCACGAGCCUGCAGCACUGCGAGGAAGCUUCCACGUACAGAGAAAUGUGCCAUUACUUUUUGUACCAAAUAUCUAGGUCAUAGCUACCUCAGCUCGUGAACCCUCCUCAGUCUUGCACAGGAAAGAGAGGCUUGAGACACGCAUCCCUGAAAUUGUACAGAAUCGAAAACUUCCAUGGGGAGUGUCAGGAGCUUGAAAGUGGACUUGCGUCUGAAGCACACACAUGCAAAAGACUGUUAUGUACAAAAGGAAGACAAAGUAUUUGAUACAAGUGUACAUAAGAGUUUUCAUAUAUAUAUAUAUAUAUUAUAUAUAUAAAUAUAUCUUUUACAGAGGCUAUUUUAAUCUUUAGUGCAUGAUGGUUAAAGGAGUGAAAUCUUAACAGUUUGGGCAAUACUGUUUUCCAGACCAGGUUGCUGUUAAAAAUGUUUUUGGAAAAAUAAUCCUGGUGCCUUAAUGCAUGAAUGAAACGUGCGUCAAUGAAAAACCACAUUUGUUCAAAGUAUUGAUGGACUGUCGAACACCAUCUCCCUUACCUUGUGUCACACAUCAGAGGGUCGAAUGGAAAGGAUCCCACUUGAGUAAACGAGCUGGGGGCGGGGGGCGGUGCAGUGGCUGCCCUGUGACUCACUACACGGGUGAAUCCAUUCUGUUCAGAAAUGGCAUUUGUUUUUUGGAGGCCAUCCUGUCUGUUUCUAAAGGCCUUAGCCCAUCUGAAAAGCCACCUUACACACGGAUGGAUAAACAAGGCGCAGGGUAUAAAUUAAGAGGGCAAUCACUAGGGCUGAGAGUUUACAACACGCUAAGUUACUGAGCCCACCAGUGAACUGGGCUGCCUGUCCUUGUGAUGCAAAGUACCCAGAUCUGUCUCUGGUGAGUAGAUCUUUGAGGAAGUGGGCUGUUUGGUCUCCAAGUUCACUGGAAAUAAAACAAAUGUGGUGGAAAAGAUCAGUAUCUUAUGACUUCGACAUAAAUCUAUUCUUAUUUAUAUAAAAGCUGCUCUGGUUGGUGUUGGUACCUGUGGACGAUUUUUCACUAUUUUAAUUUUAGUUUUGCUGAUGUAAGACUGGGCAGCUAGGUGGUGCAGUGGAUAGAGCGAUGGGUCUGG